UCGCCGAACCCGCUGCGUAUUCUACUGUUCUCUAUCUCUCUCUUAUUCUCCCUGUCUGACGCGCGGCGCGCGCACGAUGCUGCUCCGUUGCCGCUGCAGUAGCAAGCACCAAGCAGGAGUACAUUGUUGUCGUCGAUCGCGCAGAAUGCGCUGAGCCGCGGCGGCCGCGAGGUGUAAAAACAAAGGAGAUGCGAGCAGCAGCGCGCGCCAGUCCGAUCGAGAGUGCAGAAGCGUGCAGUCGCAGCAGCAGACUUCGCUAGGAAAAUGGUAUCCUCGAGCGAGUCCGCGAAGCUCGAGCUGGUGCCCGUGAAGAAGUUGAAGCCAGACGGAGGCAGCGCGAGGGAAGAGUCCGUCCAGUUCGUCGAGCAAUUCGUCAAGGAUGUCGUCGACUUUAGCUCGCAGUACGGCAGCAACAUCAGUAUAUCCUACACGGCUUACAACAUCGCGGGCAACCCCAGCAAGUUCCCGGACUAUGGCGACUUUCCCCAGGCUUUUGUCAUGCGGACCUACGGCAGGUGGUGGGACAAUGCACCUUCAAAAUCUUUGGACUACAUGCCUCAGAACAAUGGUCCUAUAAUUAGUCAUGAUUACAUAGAUUUGGAAUAUCACAAGGAAGUUUACCCUGUAAGAGUAUCUAUCUAUGAGACUUACAACCCAGGCAGCGUUGUUGCUAUCUGGGCAAGAGACGAUACUGGUCAGUGGUUACUGCUUUGGGAUGGUCCUCCACAGGUUGUGCCACACAAGCCAAGGAUAUUUUCUCCUCCUUUACAGUUGUGUAAUUUCAAAACAAAAAUGCUGAGAUUAGAAUUCAAUCAUAGCCUGCUUGAAUAUUACACUGCUCUGGAUGCUGUGCUACUCAUUGGGACAUCUGAACUGAUAAUUCCCAACGUAGGUUUUCAGACAAGAAGUUUAAGUAGUUUAUUGAAAGAAUUAGGGGGAACUGGUUAUAGCAACGAGGAUUGUUACAACUUAACACCAGACUAUCUGAAAGCUAAUCAAGACUUGAAAAAACUAAAAAGUACAUUACAUAAACAUUGUGUUCUUUAUAAAAGUAAAUCUGUAGAAAAAGUUCCUAAAGGAAGAUUGGCAGCGAAAUUAGGUUGGCACUGUCAUUACAUUCCACCAAUUGAAGAAGCAUUCAACAGUAUACAAAAAUUUUUGCAAGAAGACUUUCCAAAGCUUAUAAAAGAUAUCAAUAUUUCUUCUUCAUCGAUAGCUUCAGCAGAAUCGGAAAACGAAGCACAAAUAAAUAAUGCAAACAAUACCUGUGGAAGUUUCUCAGUUUUGCCUGAUGAAACAAUUUUGAAAAUUUUUAAGCAUUUAGACUUGAAGUCGUUAAGUCGAUGUAGCCAAGUGAAUCGACAUUUUAACAAUAUUGCCCAGGAUGCCCUCUUGUAUACAAGCCUCAAUCUUAAGCCCUAUUGGCACUGCGUUGAUGCAGCUGUUUUAAAUAGCUAUGUAUCCAAAUGUCAGUAUUUACAGAGACUAGAUCUCUCGUGGUGCGGUAACUAUGACACAAUAAGUUCUGAAAACUUUGUUGCCUUUUUACAAAGUAGUGGAGCUACAUUGACGCAUUUAAGGCUGAACUGUUGCCGUUUUGUAAAUGACACCGUUAUCGAAGAGAUUUCACGAAUAUGCAAAAAUUUAAAAGAAUUAUGUUUAAGAAACUGUACAGCAAUAAGUGGUGACGGAUUCACGCCGUUAGAAAAUUUAGAGAAUCUUGAAAGACUGGAGCUGUAUAGAACUUCAAUUGAAACUGACGACUUGUGUUCAAUACUUCGUAAAAAUUCUAACAUUCGACAUUUGAAUUUAGCUAGUAUGCAAGAUCGAUUAAAUAUGGACGAUGUAGCCGCGGAAAUAGCUGUCUCUUGUACAAAAGUUGAAAGUCUUGAUUUUUGGAAAGCUCAAACUUUAACAGUUCAAGGUAUAAGAGCUAUAGCACACUGCGCCCACUUGAAAGAGGUUGAUCUUGGAUGGUGCAGUGGAAUUGGAGCACCAGGAGACUCUCUAAGAUUGUUGUUUAGUUCGUGCAGAAACAUGGAAAAAGUUUUUCUCACAUCAUUCCGUGGUUUGACUGAUCGAGAUCUUGAACCACUACUUUUAUGUAAAAAUUUAAAACAGCUAGAUUUACUCGGAGCUCGUUAUAUUAGUAGACAAUUUUGUACGCGUCUACUUUAUUGUCUGCAAUUAGAUAUGAUAGACUUGAGCUUUUGUGAUGAAAUUAGCGAUGAUGCCAUUCUCGAGAUGCGAUCACAUUUCCCGAAUGUAUCGAUAAAACGAAUUUUUCAAGUUGGCAGAUGAUUCGAUAAGCUAAAUUAUUUGCUUAGCAAGUAUAACAAUAACAAUAAGUACCAAAAGGGUUUGAAGUAAUAUAAAAUUGUGGCGUGUUAAGUGUAAACAAACGAAAUUAGAUAAGAAAAUAUUUAUGUGAUUUAACAGUGAAAUUAUGUACUUUAUAUAAUUAUAUUGACUCGAGGCUAUACAUGAUUUUUUUGAAGAAUUAAGCGCGAUGUGCUAUUCAAGACUGCAGCUAGAUUAAGGUGCAACUAUUUUUAUAUUGUGUUAAGUAAAUGUCCCAGUGUCAUAGGUCGAAUUUAAUUCUCUUAUGUAUUUAUUUAUAUACAAUCCUCCACGAUUUUGGAGAACUACAAGACUUUUUAUAAUACAUUUUUGAAGAAUUUUAUGAAAAUAUUGUAACGAAAUUUUUUGUAAACAAAAAUGUAAUUGCUUAUAUAAUAUAAAGUCAUUACUUUAAAAAC